AUGGGACGAUUUGGAUCCGGCAAAGGUAUACAGUCACAUAUAACCACAAGACAUUUGAGCUGUCUCACUCCGUCUCUCCAGUCGUAGGAAGGCAACCCCUAAUUUCACACUGUGACUGCGUUUCCUUCUUUAAUGGCGCACAUUACAUUGUCUGCUUCCCCAAUAUUUGCACGUUUCAAUAGGAUUUCAGGAGGAGCGAAGCAAUGGGGUAAAGUAUUUGUUGGUUCAAAUAUUAAUAAAUCAGUGAUGAAUUCAUUGUUAUUCGCAAGCAUUCCAAGGAAUGGAUUGGGCGUUAUUAAUUUUGGUUCUACGGGAAAGGAUGGGAACAAUGUGUUGAUAACUGAAGGUGAAACAGCGGUGCGGUCUUUUAAAUGGCCUGAUAAAAAGAGGCCAAGAGUAUGCAUACUAGGUGGUGGAUUUGGAGGUCUUUAUACUGCCUUAAGAUUAGAAUCACUUGUAUGGACGGAUGACAAGAAACCUCAGGUGCUUCUUGUUGACCAGUCUGAGUGCUUUGUUUUCAAGCCAAUGUUAUACGAGCUUCUGUCUGGAGAAGUAGAUAAAUGGGAAAUUGCUCCACGUUUCUUAGACUUGCUAGAAAACACUGGUGUGCAAUUUUUCCAAGACAGGGUGAAACUUAUACAUCCCUCUGAUCAAAUGGGGAUGAAUGGGCCUACAGGAUCUAGCUGUGGAGGAUCUGUGCAUCUGGGAAGUGGUCUAGUUAUUGAGUAUGACUGGUUGGUACUUGCUUUAGGAGCUGAAGCCAAACUAGAUGUUGUACCUGGUGCAUUAGAGUUUGCAUUGCCUUUCUCUACUCUGGAGGAUGCAUUGAAGGUUGAUGAGAAGUUGAGAACAUUGGAACGGAAGAACUUUGGUAAAGACUCUCCAAUCCGUGUGGCUGUUGUAGGAUGUGGUUAUUCUGGAGUGGAGUUAGCUGCAACAGUAGCAGAGAGACUGCAAGAUAAAGGAGUUGUACAAGCAAUUAAUGUGGAUACCACAAUCUUACCAACUGCCCCACCUGGUAACAGGGAAGCUGCCCUAAAAGUUCUUUCAUCCAGGAAGGUUCAACUAUUAUUAGGUUAUUUUGUCCGUUGCAUUAAAAGUGCUGGUGAAUUCAGAACUUCAAACAAGGACGGGGAAGCAGAUUAUGACUUAGCAGCAGUUCAUGAUGCUGAAAAACUAAUUCUGGAGCUGCAGCCUGCUGAAAGAAGCUUACAAAGUCAAAUUCUGGAAGCAGAUUUAGUGUUAUGGACUGUUGGCUCUAAACCUCUACUUCCUCAAUUAGAACCCUGUGAUAAACCUCAUGAGCUGCCUCUUAAUUCCAGGGGACAAGCAGAGACAGAUGAAACUCUGAGUGUCAAGGGUCACCCACACAUAUUUGCAGUUGGUGAUUCUUCAGCAUUAAGGGACUCGAACGGAAGGAUACUUCCAGCCACAGCACAGGUUGCUUUCCAGCAAGCAGAUUUUGCCGGUUGGAAUCUAUGGGCUGCAAUCAAUAACAGGCCUCUGUUGCCAUUUAGAUUUCAGAAUUUAGGUGAGAUGAUGAUUCUUGGGAGAAAUGAUGCUGCACUCUCACCAAGUUUUGUUGAAGGGCUGACCUUGGAGGGUCCUGUUGGUCAUGCUGCAAGAAAAAUAGCAUACUUGAUCAGAUUACCUACAGACGAGCAUCGGCUUAAAGUCGGGAUCAGUUGGCUGAUGAAGUCUGCUGUAGAUUCUGUUGCAUCACUGCAGGGUACCCUUACCAAGGUUCUUUCAAGCGGUUAGAUAAAUUGUUUGUAAUCAUGUAAUUUUCUUCCUAUGAGCAGAUGAAUCUGUGAAAGUAACGAUUUGCUUUUUAUAAUGUAAUGGCUCGUACAUGCUUUCAAUCAAUAUUUUGAUGAUAUACUAGAAAAUUUUGAUAUGCCAUUUUGCCAAGGCCCUGAAGAUAGUUGAUCAAAGUGGUUAUAGAUGAUUGUUCGUUUUGGCCACAUUUUCAAGGGCCAUAUUGGUGAUUGGAACAA